AUGUAUUUGGAUUCAACAUGUUCCAGUUCGGACCAAGCACCUGAUGAAAAUCAUCAUAAAUCUGAAAAUACUGCUGUUACAGAUGUCGAUAUUGAAGAGCUUGAAAAUCUUUUACCGUGUAUUAAACAAACUCCAACUGAUUAUGAAUUACGACUAAAAAAAGCCUGUCAACAACUUUUACAGCAUCCUUGCAGUGUUAUUUCAACGUUAUCUUUAGUUAAAAAAAUUGAUAGGGAAGCAGCAAAUUUACUUGUGGAUGAAUGUCUAUUACUGUUUAGUGAUGAUUUAUUUAAAGCUGAUAGUCAUCUGGAUCUUGAAGGCUACACUAAAUACAUACCGAAUACUAUAGAUUUAAUAUUUAUUAACCGUCUGCUUCAUUACAAAGUCGAUCCGACAUUAUAUGUUACGAACAUUAGUAUUCCACAAGUGUGGAAAUUCUACUUAUCUGACAACGCCAUCAUUCUCUUACGUUCUAUGAAGUUCUAUCAAAAAAUUUUAGAUUCAACACCACUUGAAUCAUUUGAUAAUCUUCAAUCUAUGAAUUAUCCAAAUAAUGAUCAAAACGAAAAUUCUUCAUUAGUUUUAAAUGAUCAAUUAUGGAAUGAACGAUCACAACAUUGUAAAUUAUCACAUCAACGAAAAUUUUGUUCUAUCUGUGAAUUAACAAAAAUGAUGUUCUCAAUGCAUCCGUCAUUAACAAACACACCUAUUGAAUCACAUUGUCUUAUUACUCCAUCAGCAGAUUCUAUUAGAGCUCAUGUACAUUUAAUAUCACCUGUUUUUAAUAUUGGGGAACAAGAAGAUGUUAGUGAAUUUAUUAUUACUUUGUUCGAUCAUUUUAUUUGUUGUUUACCAUCACAUCUGUCAAUAUCAUCUACUCUUUCUUUGGAAUCAACGAUUAUUGAUCAAAUAUUUAAUAUUAAGCUUCUUUCAUCUGGACAAUGUCCAUCGUGCUUAUAUAGUUUCAAAAAAAAAGAAACUACUAAUAUGUUAAUAAUCGAAAUCAAUAAUUUGAACAAUUUAACUGAUGCACUUGCACAUUUCUUUGAUCGAGAAGAAGUAAGCUCCUUUACGUGUAGUAAUUGUUGUAAAUGUGUAAAACUCGACAAACGUAUUACUAUUAAUGAACUAUCACCAAUAUUAAUUAUAAAUUUUAAACGAUGUCGUGUCUCAUUCGAUUCAACUGAAAAGCUUUCACAUCAAGUGAAUUACAAUGAACUGCUAGAUGUUUUUCCUUAUAUGACGUCUUAUUCAGUUGCUUCAAGCGAUAAAACUGAAAACAUCGAUUCAUCAAAUAACUUUUUUUACAAAUUGUACGCCAUCAUCAAUCAUAUAGGUGAUGAUCUUAACAGUGGUCAUUAUUAUUGUUAUGUUCGAUCAGUAGACAACCUUUGGUUUCUUGUUGAUGAUGUACACUGCCGAACCGUAUCUUCAGCUGAAGUUUUAAACCAUCCACAAGCUUUAAUGCUAUUUUAUGGUAAAGUAUUUUAUACGUCCAAAACAAUAGAUACGUCAUUUCAACAAAUACCACAUCCAUUAACAUCUGUAAUAACAGAAAGCAACAUUAACUUGGAUUCUUCUAUUUCAAGUUCAUCUGUAUGA